UUCCCACUCUUCACUGCGCAGCGGUUGGUAACCUUCUGGGUGUGCGGCGUCCCCUGAGCUGGGCCGUGGCGCUGGCCCCUCUGCCUCCGGCAGCCCCUCUGCCCUGCCCUCCAAACUCCCCCGCCCCCCUUCUUACAGCACACCUCGACUCCCUGAAGCCCCCCACCCUCCGCAGCCCCUCCGCGCUCCCCGGCCCCGCCCCUUGCUCCCGCGCAGGCCCCACCCACCCACUCUCCUGCCACCCUGCCAGCCCUUGCAGACCCCGCCCCAGCCCCCCUGUAGACCCCAUCAGCUCCCCGGACGCUGCAGCCCCGCUGGCCCGGAUGGACAGGGAGACGCGCUUGUUCGCCGAGAGCCACUUCCGAGGCCUCCGGGGCCGCCUCCCCGGCGGGGUCUGUCCGACCCCGGACUGCGUGGACUUCAUCGAAAAUCCGGACUCCUUUUCCUACGCCGACUUCUUCAAGGGCUACCUGCUUCCCAACGUGCCCUGUGUUUUCUCCAGCGCCUUCACUGAGACGUGGGGCAGCCGGAGGCACUGGGUGACCCCCAGCGGAAAGCCCAACUUCGACUAUCUGCUGCGGAACUACGGAGAUGUGCUUGUGCCUGUCGCCAACUGCGGGGUCCGUGAAUACAACUCGAACCCCAAGGAAUACAUGCCUCUCAGAGAGUAUAUCAACUACUGGAAAGAGUACAUCCACGGAGAUUACUCCUCCCCACGGGGCUGUCUCUACCUCAAAGACUGGCACUUGUGCAGGGAUUCCUCGGCCGAGGGCGUGUUUACCCUGCCCGUGUACUUCUCAUCAGACUGGCUCAAUGAGUACUGGGAUGCCCUGGGCGUGGACGACUACCGCUUCAUCUACAUGGGGCCCACCGGCACCUGGUCCCCAUUCCACGCCGACAUCUUCCGCUCCUUCAGCUGGUCUGUCAACAUCUGUGGGAGGAAAAAGUGGUUCUUCUUCCCGCCCGGGCAGGAGGAAGCCCUGCGGGAUGGCCACGGUGGCCUGCCGUACGAUGUCACCUCCCCUGGCCUCCUCAACAGCCGCCCCUGUCCCCUGCCGCUGGAGGUCACUCAGGAGGCUGGCGAGAUGGUGUUUGUGCCCAGCGGAUGGCACCACCAGGUGCACAACCUGGAAGACACCAUCUCCAUCAACCACAACUGGGUCAAUGGCUGUAACCUGACCAACAUGUGGCAAUUCCUGCAGCAGGAGCUCUGUGCCGUGCAGCAGGAGGUUGGCCAGUGGAGGGACGCCAUGCCUGACUGGCAUCACCACUGCCAGGUCAUCAUGAGGUCCUGCUCUGGCAUCAACUUCGGAGAAUUUUACCACUUCUUGAAGGUCAUCGCUGAAAGGAGGCUCCUCAUCCUGGCGAAAGGCAUGGGCCCUGAGGUGGAGGGUGGUGAGGACUCAGGGCCAGGCCCCCAACAGGCUGCUUUUGAUGUCAGCCGGAUUGCUGAGGUGUUGGCAUCUGUGGUGGCGCACCCCGACUUCCAGAAAGUGGAUACCUGUGUGUUCUCCCCACGGCCUGCGGAGCUCCUGCAGCAGCUGGAGGAGGGUGUGGUCGCCACUGCAUCUCUGUAGCGCAAGGAUCGGGCAGGACACCACUCAACAGGACCUAUAAGGUGCACAUGAAGGUGGUCACCUGCUCCAGGGUCCCCUCUGGAAAUAACACUAUCCAUCCUCCAGGGGCUGUGGCUUCCCAGGCAUGGCUCCUGCUCUGAUGGAUCUUCUGUCAUCCCGGCUGUCCCCAGGACCCUGUGCCUAACUUGGGGUGCCAGCUCCUUGUCUAGAUGCCCAGCCAGGAUUAGUAGCUUGGCCCUUGUGCAGACAGGCGGGAGGUGUUGGUAAGUUGGACCCAUAUCAUGGAAGCCAAGAGCUUGGAAUUGGGUGGGAACAGUGUGUCGCUGCGUCUUCUUGGUCUCCAGACUUCUCAGCAGAGGCCAGCACCAGGCCCAUGGGCCUCAUCCAUGUAUGCAGGGCCCGCAGUACAGGGUGCAGACCCAGGCUGCCCAUCUGUCCCAUGUUGGACCACUUCCAGGAGCACCCUCCUUCCCUCUGGAGCCAGUUGUCCACAGUUGGCACAGCCCUGGUUCACUGCAUUGCACAAGUGCCACUUGCUGGCAGUGGGUGAGCCAGCUGAGCGCCAGAGCUUCCUCUCCUACUUCAGCACCACUCUGCCCCUUCCAGGCUGCUACCCGCCUGUGUCUCAGUGAGGGGAGGGCCCUGCACCCCUGGUCUGCACCACCCAGCCCACACUUGCCAUCCAAACCCGCUGAGCAAGGCGAGUCUGCCAAAGCCAUGCUUUGAGUGAAGUCACAGGUUCUGUUCUCCCAGCAUAUAAGCCUUGUGCCAGACCAAAGCCAGUCCUCAUGGGCCAUGGUCUCAUUUUCUUUGCACACUCUUCAGCCCUCUCUGGUUUCCGCUGCUCACGCACCUCUAUGCCACUCAGCCCUUGGCAUUGGGUUCCCCAGAGACAUUAGCCAACUGGACACAUGGAGAAAGAUGGGGGGUCUGGCAAGUGGGGAGUCCGUUGGGUCAGGCCAGGCUGGACCCAGGGGCAAGUGGGUCUGGUCUCAGGUCUGGAGAUGAAGCAGGCAGGGUUCCAUGCUCCAGUCUGGAGGCAGAGCUGCUUUGGAAACAGUUCUUGCUUACAGCAUUCACCUGAUCACACGAGGCCCACCCACACCACUGAGUUCAGUGAGAACAUCACCUGAAAAUGUCUCACAGCAGCGUCCAGCCCAGCACUCAGCGGAGCAGCUGGGCCCAGCCAAGUAGUCACUAAGCCGAUCACCCCCAGCAGCCUCCGUGUCCUCUGGCCCUCCGCACUGUCUCGGCACAGGUGGCAUGCAGUCCCACCCCUCCCUUUGCACUCCAGUGCUCUCCAGCUGACAGCUGCCCUCACAGUCUUACCAUUUGACAGCUGUGCCCCUUACGUUCCCCGAGGUUGUCACUAGUGUGAUUGAGCUGCUCUGCACACUCACUGGGUUGUUUGGCCACCACACUGUGCACACUCUCUACUACCAGUUCCCGCUGCACACCCACUCUGCCAUGUUCCUUGCAAGCUCAUGUCAUCCAGAGGCCAGUGUCCACGUUGCACAUUUUGCACUCAUUAUCUGCCAUUCAGGGUUACCUUUUGCACACUGGCUGCGUGUGUUUUGUUCCCAUCUCCAGUGUGCAUUCCUGUGGCACCUCACAUUUGCUGCUCCUGGGCUCACUACCACCUGCUGUGAGCUGUGCACUGUGCACCAGCAUCUGGGUGCACGCUCACUGUGCUUGGGUCACCAGGCACUCAGGCCUUCUCCACCCUGCUCCUAACCUCCCUUCAGCAUGCCCCUGGGCAGCCAGUGCUCUCACACUGAGCAGACAGCCCCCAUGCACACUGUCCAGCCAGCUAGGAUUCCUUGCACACAAACUGCACUAUGGUAACCUGCUAAGCCAGCAGUAUUGCUCCUUGCCCACCUGCUUGCAGUUGGCAGUUCUGCACAACCACCAGACCUGGCAGAAGUGGCCCAGCCAUCAGGCAGGGGGAUAGCCUUGAAGUGCCCCUGGUGGCUCGGGUUCUUGCCUCAGGACUGUGUGUUGGGGAUGAUGUGGACACUGGCUGGCUGCAUACCAUGUUGGGGAGCCUAGGGGGCAUGUUUUCCUCCGGGUUAGAGGCACUCCAGGAUGUGGUGGGCACAGCUGUGCCAGCUGCCUGUGGACUGGCAGUCCUAGUGACAGCUGUCUCCCCUGCUCCUGGGCUGCAUCUCCAAACCCUCCCCAUGGACAAGGGUCCUACCCCAUGAUCAGUGAAUAUUCAUCAGGCCCCAGCCAGAGAAGAAAGUAUCUGGCAGAGCUGGGUCCAGUGGGGGCAUUGCGGGGUGGAUGGGUUCACCAGCCUUCAAAGGGGAGCUGGGAGUCCAGUUCACAGGCAGCAGGAAUGCUGUGGGACAAGGCUGGCUGCAGCCCUCGGUGCAUCAGAAGUGUUCCUCAACAGGAGCCCAUCAGAAAGAGGUCAGAGGUGGGGUCCCUGAGGAGCCGGGUCUGGGGGAGGGUUGAAGUGACGAAGCCCUUCCCGUCCUUAGGUCCUUUGCCUCUUGCAUUGUAUUUUCUUAUCUUUUAAAAAAUUUUCUGUACUUCAAACUGGUGGGAUGCCAGAGUUCGACCUUGAAACUAAUUUCCUGGUGGGUGAUCAAAAGCUGCCUAAGCAACAGAGGCAGAAAGCGUUUCAUCUCCACAGUGCAGAAUGGCAGCCACUGUCCUGGGGCAGGAAAUGGACCUGGCAGGUGUUGUUUUUAGACACCCAGUUUCAGUGUGGUGGUUGCUUCGCCUUGUGAACUCUGGGUGCUCUGCCCCCACCACCCAGGUCCUUGAAAUUGAAAUGGACAUGUCCUCUGAGGAAGAGGGUGUGGGGUUCUUCCAAAGCCAGGGAGGGGCUGCCCCUCUCCAUUCUCUACCUAAAAUGAGCUAGUGAACUUCAAGGCAUUUUGAUGGAGAAGCGCCUGUCUCAUCUGAACCCAGGAAAUGAACAGAACCAAACGCCCAGGCUAUAGUGGAAACGGUGUUGUAGUGUAAUACUCAAGUGAUUUUUCUGUUGGCUAUUUACUGCAAAUGGUCCAAUGAGUAAACUUGUUUUACCUUUGUACACAAAUUCCAUCGCCCUCCGACUUCUGAAAUCCCCCCUUCCUGCUGCCCUACCUCCUGUGGUCUCAGAAGCCCUGGUGCCUGGUACUCAGGGGAGCUCAGCAGCCCCUCCUCACCUGCUGAAGGGUGAUGUGGGAGGGGAUCUCUCCUCUCCCUGGGGAUAGGGGUCAGGCUCUUGAUCCUGAUGGGGCCCCACUGGUGGAAUCUGAGAAAGACUGGCUUGGGGGAGGCAGGGCUUUGACCCCUGAGAGGGUUGGGGAGGUGCUCCGGGCAUGAGGUUGGAUGCAGCAGGUGAGUGCUCUGAGGCGCUCUGUGCAGAAGACAGUGCCCGGCAGUGGGCAGGGCUCCUUGGCUACUUCAGUCAGCUGUCUGGGUCCCAGCCAGCAGAAGGCACCCCUGGCACAGGUCCGGAGACUGCAGGCCAGCCUGCCAGGCUCCAGGAGACAGCCCCUCCCUGAGGAGAUGGGCCUGGGGCUGGCUGUUGCCUGGGGUUAGAGGUUGGGGGCCCAGGGUCUGGCAGGGUCUGGGGGAAGGGAGUGACUGCUCAGUGGGUCAGGGUUAACGUUUAAGGUGAUGAAAUGUUUGGAAACUAGCUUGUGGUGAUGGUGCACAGAGUGUGAGUGAACCUAAUGCUAUGAAAUCAUACAAUGUAAAGUGGCCUAAAGGGUGAAUUUUAUUUCAUAUGAAUCUUAAAAUCAAAGUAUGUGUAACUGAAAAUAUGAAAACGUCUGUAACGGGAAGUGAAAGGUGAGAGGACAGCAGGCUCUGGUCAUGGAGCCGGGAUGGGGGUGGCCCUGGUUCUGGUCUGGAGCUGUUGCAGGAGCUAUGGGCUCUUGCUUAGGGCUUGGUGCUGGCUCCAGCUCUGGUAGUACUCUUAGAGACUGUUCUAGAUCUGGUGCUGCCAUGGAGCUGGAGCUGGCAUGAGUCUGUGGUGUAUCUGUAUCCCUGGAGCUGGUGCCAGAGCUGAUGGUGCUGCCCCGACCCUGAUCCUGAAGCUGGUUUUGCUUCUGGAAUUGGUGGCUGUGUUGGUGCUGGAGCUGGCACUGUAGCAGCUGUAACUCUGAAAUGGGCACUGUGUCUGCAUCUGAUGUGGCCCUGGAACUGCAGCUAGUGCUGUGGUUCUGGUUCUGACCCGCUGCCAGCCCUAGCCCUGGGGCUGCAGGCAGCAGAGUGUUCCCCUCCUGGGCACCUUUCCAUGAGACUUUGUAAAAGAUAGGGAUACCCCACUGCUUUCAAAAGACCCCAAGCCCAAACCGACCACCAGAAGUGUUCUUAGGUCCAGUGGACGAGCAGGGAGGCUGCCCUCCUGUUUAUCUGGCCCAGCUCAGCACCUUCCUUGCAGCAGCUACCCACCCUCCUGACCGCUGGCUGUACUUCGGUGGGCCACAGAGCCCUAGUGGGUUGUGGUGGAGCCUGCAGGCUUGAGCCAGUCACCGAAGAUGUGUAUCUUCAAUAUCAUAAUAGGAAAGUGCCAGAGAGGACAAAUAUUGGGGGAACUGCCCAGCCAGGCAUGUACAGUUGAGGGCAAGGUUACGGUCCAGGCUAGGAUUAGGGGUUAGGGUCAGGGUAAGGGUUUCAUGUUUAGAGCUAGGGGUUAGGUUUAGGGUCAAGGGUUAGAUUAGGGGUUAGGGUUAGGGUUAGAGAAAACUACUCUGGGCUUCCAUCUCCUGUUUCUCCAAAUGUCUGUGACAACCAUGACUCUUCAUUCACUCUCACUUUUCUGACCUAGCGUAGGAGAGGGUCAUAAUCUGCUUAAGUGUCUCCUUGUGCCUGGGGUGACAGGGACUUAACUGGAAUGCAGGGGGCUGGCUGGAAGGAGUAUGGUGAAGUAUAUGUAUAGUUAAAAACAAACAAAAAACUGUAAGCCGGUCUGAUCUGCUUGGCUUUACAUAUUUUUCAUUUUCAUUAAAUUGUGAAAACUGAGUUUUCAUACUUACA